GUCUGUGUGGCGGAAUAUAUAUUCGGCCCAGAUCGUCGAGUAUCAAAAGCAUCCCACAAUCUUUUGUUGCUUACCACACUGCAAUCAACAGGAGAAGCAAGACAAAGACAAGCAAUACUGAUACUGAAUACCACUGCCUUGAUCAGAGCUUCGGUUGACUAAUUGUUGCUCUUGCUGCUGCUGUUUCUCUUGCCGUUGCUGUUGCUCUUGCCACUGCUGUUUAUCGCGCCGUCGGGAUUGUAUCGUAUUGAUCGAUCUCCAAAGAAGUUGUAAUUAAGUUGAGAGGAUCCAAAACAAACAAACAAACAAACAAACAAACAAAACUACUACAAAAAAGAAAAGAAAAAAGAAAAAGAAACCCUCAAGAUGAAGAUCAAUGCCAAGCCGAUCUUGACCAUUCUGCUCGGACUCUCACUCUUGGUCGAGAAUCUUGCCAAGGCUGAAGAUGUCCUUCCUGUACCCAUGGGUGAGGGUUCUCCUGGUGCCACUAAUACUGGUACCAUUACCACUGCUGAUCACCAAGACAUGGUUGCUCUUGCUGAUGGAUCGAAAGACAUCUUUUUGGAUCCCAACUCGGACGCCGACUCCAACCUUGUCAAUACCAUCACCGAAAAAGAAGACGGUCUCAUUGCUCAUGCUAAUUCAAUUGAGUCCUUUCAGUUGAGGGCAGUUGCCUCUCUGGAUACACUUAAGACCCAGGUUGCUGACGCCCGGAUCAAUGGGGACAAGUCAGACUUGGUAAGAGCCACCGCAAAUGCCAUCCGUGGCAGUGCUGACUUGAUGGAAGAAUCCAAAGUGAAAUCACUAGCCAUGUUUGCCGACCUACAAGAGUAUGGAGAUAUGGAGGAGUCCAAUGGCUGGUCAACUCACCUGCAGACAAACUAUCAGUCCGCGAUGGCUCAAAUUAACAGGGCAUUGGAACUGUUUCCUAAGAUGAUCAGUUACUUGGAGGGUUCCUCGAGAGAGACCAAUGAGACGGAACAGAUGAAGAAGGAACCACUCCCAGCCAGCACACCAAUCGAAGAAAAUCAAGGCGGGUCAAUGGCGGAUAAGACAAGCACUUAUCGCCGACGUCUCCAAGACGCUUCUCAGGCACAAACAUCGCAGAAGAUCAAUAUGGAUGUCCUGCCUUCCGCCUCGAAUUGGAACAAGGCCACAUCUUCUGAUCGCAUGGCAUCUUCCGAGACCCGCCAAAAGGACAAGGAAGCGUUAAAGCACCGGCGGAUUCUUCGCAGUCGGUUUGAGGGGAAUCAUCGUGCUCAAAGCCAUUUUGACCGUUUCACUAAGUUGCACGACGUCUUCCAGAAUGGAGACCAUGACGGUAUGCACCGUCAUUUGGGCCCAAUCCAGUCUCGCGCUAAUAAGCGGAAUCAGCCCCUGAAACAGAAUCAACGACACCUUUAUAGUGACGAAGUGGUAGCCAAAGCGAAACAGUGCAAGAUCUUGAUGGGAUGCAUUGGUAAAAUGUCGAUUUAUGACAUGGUUCUUUUCUUCUACUCUGAUGAUAUCGACCCUAACAAUGGAAAGAUAGAUGACAACAUUUACAUUCACACGGAAGCUCCAGAUGUGUACGAAGUUUACAACCAUGCCGACGUGCAACAGGCACGCACAGAGGUCCCCCUCAACCAUAACUAUAUUGAAUACCGAAGUGGUCAUAGACAAGCAUGGUGCGACAGGACACUGAGGCUGUUCUCUCGAAAUGUGGAGUUUGGAGAUGUUCCACACUGGGAAGGUGGCACGAUCUCGGAUGUAUGUCAUGCUCAAGGCGGACACACAUAUGUCCAGAUAGAUCAGAUUGCAACAAAAGUUGGCUUCAAAGCUGCAGACGAGAUUGCCAAGGAAAUGUUCGAGUGCUCCAAGAGGCUAUACAACUCUGGUCCCAAGAAAUCACCAUUCCCUUUCGUUAGGGAGCAGGAGGUCGGCAUUGAUACGGGAGCAUCAAGUGUGUAUGAAUAUGGUGGAAGUUCUGGAGGUGUUACUUCUGGUGUUGACGGUUCAACACAGGACAGCAAGUCCAAACUGUUUGACAGAAGUAUGUCUGGUAGUUCAGGUUGGUGGAAGUCCAGGGAUGGAACCAAGGGAUAUCCAAUGAGACUUAAUAUUAGGUCCGAUAGUCGGCAAUAUUGUGUGGAUUGGAAUACCGGCAGUGACUUAAAUUACCUUCAUGCAUACAAUUGUCAUAAUGGCAACAACCAGAAGUGGUACUAUGAACCAAGCACCAAACUGAUCAGGUCAAUGCAUGACAGUCAAAGCAAAUGCAUGGAAGCAAAAUCUCAGGGAGGCAAUGACAAAGUUUACAUGGCCACGUGCGACAGUGGCAAUAGCAGACAGCGAUGGACCAAGUAUGCCACUCAUGGGAUUAAGAAUGAGGGGAGGAACAAGUGCCUGGACAAACAAAGUGAUCGUGACAUAGCUGUAUACAAUUGCCACUCAGGGCAUAACCAGGAUUUCAUGGAGGUGGAUUACAAUGACUUUUUUUCAAACAUGAUACCCCCCAGCGUGGACUUCAAGAUACAACUUGAAUCACAUGAAAACGGCGUUCAAUCAACCAAUCCGCUCAAAGCAAUCGAAUUGAAGUGGAGGAACGGCGAAGAGUGCCCCCAGUCCAAGCUUACUUUGUGGGCUGGAUUUGAUGGAUCGGAAAUUCCGUUUGAAUGGGGUGACACAAUUGUUUCGAAUGAUGGCACGGUCAAGACGAUGAACUUACUGCCAGUCUCAUCAAAUGCUGCUAAGUUCCAAAUCAAAUGCAACAACCCAGACAGCCGUGUUUCUUUGUAUGAGAUCCUUGUCUUUGGCAUCAUCAAUGGAGGAAAUGGAGAUGCCCUGCCUCAGUUCCAAGGUGACUAUGAGGAAUCGUUCUUUGUGCCUACUGGCAUUGAGACCGAGAACAGUCGUGAUGAUUAUGGUCAGGUAAAAGAUGAUACUGUGACACUCUACAAGUAUGAGGAGGGUCGUGUGGUCGAUGGGCUUGAGGAAGUCCAACAUGACAUGGUGGGGACCUACAAAAAGGUCUGGGACAAUUGGCUGCAGCAUGACGAUGAUAAUCUGAGGAGGAAGUUACGGCAAACUUAUUUGAGCCCGUAUCCCUUGACGAGCAAGCACUAUGACAAUUCAGAUUUCUACAUGGGGCUUGUCGGAGAGGCGGAGUCCAAUGACGACAUACACUACCAGGUAGUCAAAGCCUUUGCCCAACACCAUGGCAGGUCCUACAGUGGCGAUGCUUUUGAGGAUCGUGAGAAGGAGUAUGAUCGGUUCAAUGACAAAAUUAGCAGCGAGUAUGCUUCUGUUCAGAGGGGCAUAAACCUCGUGUUCGGAAAAGAUGCUUCUGUAGGCUAUAUCUGUGGUGUUGACGACGUUGUCCAUCGUCUUGGCGGAGAUAAGUUCCCUGGUACAUGCUGCUUGGAUGCACCAUUUCAGAACCCUGGUGGCGAAUGGGGGAGAGAGUUCGACUGUUCAAUGACCUGCAACCAGAGGGCUCCCUUUUUCAGUGGGCUCAGUGAAGAAAGUUGUUCAGCUGCUGGUGGUACCUGGUGUCCAACUGCAACAGAUUGCUCAGUGCUGAAAGACUGUGUUGAUCAAGAGAUUACUGGAGCUGAGAAUGCUAACAAGACUUCAUACAAAGUCUACUUGGAACCGGGUAUUGUCGAAAACGAAAACGAUUUUGAGUCUUGUGGUCGUUCCCGGGAAUAUUUCGGCUAUGAUCCUCUCUACAAGAAUGACGAUGACGUCUGUGAGAAUAUCAAGCAGCUUCACAAUACCAAAGAUUUUGGGUUUCUGGAUGAGUUCUACUCUCAAGGAACGCCUGCUGACCUUCCUGGCAACAUGGGUGGAGGUGGCUAUAACAGCAACUAUCAAUCAAAUGCCAACGACUACACCCACAGCAACAUCAAUGUCGCGGAAUGGGAUGAGCUGUUCAAUGUUGACACAAAAUGGUCGAAAACAAACUUGGUACAAGAUGCUGGAGUUUCAGGUGGUCUUUUGUUUGCCUUCGGGUUAGUAAGGACUGGUUUUCAAAGUCUAGCUGAUCUAACUGCAGAAUUUCAGUGUCCUUCCACCCCCGGAGCGAAUGAGGCUUGCGUGGCACUCAAAAAUGGUGGCUUUUUGGUUGUUCAUAUUGUUUUGAUCAUCAUGAACUUUGCUUACGAAAUUUGGGAGUUUUCGAUUGUCGAAACAACCGAAAUUGGCAAUGUUGGGCCCAUUGAGGCGUGGGAAAUCCUGCAAGUUCAACACAAGAACAACAAGAGAAUGUAUGAAGGCGUACGCUCAUCCUUUGAAGCUGUGGCCAAGGUUGACAACAAUCUGGAAGGUCUUGGAGAUCUUGUUGCUUCGUUGGUAGUAUUCCUGGGCAAUGAUGAUGAUGACAGCAACGGCAAAGUCAACAUGAUCAUGUCAAAGCUUUCAACCCUUGAAGAGACUUGCGAGGGCAGGCGUGCUUUGAUGGAUGUGAGCCCCUCUACUGCCCAAAAUGCUGGUUGUGAUGGCAAUGACCAAGAUGGGGAUGGAGUGAUUGACAAUUGUGAAGAAGACAGAUUCCCGCCUUCUGUGGUUAUCCACAAAUCUCUGCUGAAGUUGACAGACGAUGGAGAGACAAAGCAUGUUGAAAGUGAGGUCUUCGGUUCUGCUGAGAAGGCAGUUGCCUCUCUACGUGGAGUUUUGUCAGUUUCGGAUGAUUGUGCUGCAGAGGAGGAUCUGGCGCUUAACUUGACUGUCAAGGGAAUCAGUGAAUGUCAAGCUGUUAUAUCAGCUGCUCCUAUCCACAGGUGCAAUGAUGUGUCUAUUGUUGGUAAGAUUCAAGAGUUCUCAGUCCCUGUGGACACCAAGCCUCCAGCGAUUAGCUGUGGCUUCCAGGCUUCAACUGCACAGGACAAAAAGAUGCUCUACGUGGAAGAAAUGCAUGAAUUCUUUGAUGCUGGGUUAUUCCUCCAGGUGGAGGAUUCCUGUUCUGACAAAGUACAUGUGGAAGUGACCAUCAUGAGCAAUGAACUUGACAUGACUGGGUCCAGUGUCAUCCUCUCUCUGACCAAGAUGAAGAACACCACCCAAACAUUCCCAAAGCUCUUUUUAAACCAAGCUACCUGCUCCAACACCCAGAAGGCUGGCUUCUGCCAAGUGAGUCCCAUCGGCGGCCGUGUCUAUGAGGUUGCAGUGAAAGCCACAGAUGCUGCGGGCUGGUCUGGAUCUGAUACUUGCAAUGUGAUUGUUGCUCCGAGAAAAUGGCAAGUGAUGAGAGAGAGCUUCUCCACGACGGCUGACCUGGAGGAAGGAGUGAAGAUGGUGGAGGAGUCUGGUGCUUGAACCUGCUUGAAUCAGUCAGUUUUGUUCAUCACUUCUAGCCUGGUUCGUUGACUGCCUGCAUGGCUUUUGAGUGAGCUGUGAUGUGUUUCACUACAGUCGAAUGGUGGAGGCACUUUCUUUUACUUGUGAAGGAGGACAUGCAAGGAGAGAGCGCGCAUUUAAAAAAUAUCUAAGUGAAGUAGUUUGAAUGGA